AUGCUCUCCCAGACACUCUUCUUUGCCGCCCUGGCCGCUCUGGCCAACGCUCACUCGGUCAUCCUCAACGCCCAAGGUGAGCAGGGCUCUCCUGCCUCGGUCGGCUUCAAGGUAAUUCCUGAGAUCGCCCGUAAUUGCGUAAGCAUCAGCCCUUGCCAGCAGGACACCCCCAUCAUCAGGGAGGCCGAGAUCAAGGCCAACAUCGCCAACUUCUGCGGUAGGACGCAGCUGAACGGCAACAUCGAUGCGGGUGAGGAGAGCGAGAACGCUCUCGCCGCCAAGAAGGUCACCGCGGUCAAGCCUGGUACCGUGAUCUCCAUGACCAUCCACCAGGUCAACGCCGACGGCGCCGGACCUUACAUCUGCGAUCUGGACGAGGCCAGCAACGUCGGUGCAAACCUCAAGAACCUGAGCGUCACGGACAACGUCCCCGGCGCCAACGGUCUGUCCCAGGUCCGCGCCCAGCAGUUCGUCAUGAAGAUCACCAUGCCCCAGGACCUCAACUGCAUCGGCGGUUCCACCGGAAACCUCUGCACCGUCCGCUGCCGCAACACCGCCCAGGCCGGUCCCUUCGGUGGCUGCAUCGCCGUCCAACAGGCCGACAAGAAGGGCAACGUCAACACCCCCCAGAACAUCAAGACCGCCAGCAGUAAGAAGGCCAACGAGGCUCAGACCAAGCAGAACAACAAGGACCUCAAGGAUGCCAACGCAUUCCUCGCUAAGCAGAAUUCCGCCGAGGGAAAGAAGCAACUCGCCGAGGUCGAGUCCAUCGCCCCCGAGAAAAUUGUCAAGGCGGACUUCCCCUCCAUCAACACCAACGGUGGCAUCGAGGAGAACGGCGCUGGCGGCGCUGCCAAGAACAACAACAACAACGCCAAGAACAAGAACAACAACAAGAACAACGCCAAGAACAAGAACAACAAGAACCGCCGCAGCCUUGGCCGCUUCGCCAAGAUCUUCAACGCUUAG